AUGUUCACCCCAGCGCAGCCGGGUGUCAAUCUGUACGAUAGCAACGCUCCGUUUCCUUUUCUCAGGCCGGACGGCACGCUGAACGCGGUCGCGCACCGAGGUCCAUACUGGUUCCUGCCCCCUGCCGAGGUGGUCGAGAACGCCGACAGCGCGGGGGCCUUCGCGCAGUUUGAUCUCUGCCCCAAGUACUGUGGUGACCGGCUCCUGUUCGCCCCGAGCGGCGAGAUGUACGUUCACGGCAACAUCAAUGCCGUCAGCGUCGAACAGAACGGUCAGAUCGACAACGUCCUGCUGGGCGACGACUCCAACGGGGUGCCCGUGUACAGCAACCUGCCCGUGUACGAGAAGCGCGGCGCCGGGGUGGUGUACGACCACGCCGUCGACAUGCUCGUGGCCAGCGAGUGUCUGUUAGGGCGGCACCAGAUGACGCAGCCGGAGAUCGACGAGGAGGUCCUGGCCGAGCAGCUGGCCCCGGGCGCGGGGCUGUUUAGCUACACGGCGCAGCGCCAUCCGCACCUGUCGUUCUGGGACGCGACGUCCCCCUCGCGCACCGAGGUCCUGCGCGUCGACUACGACGGCGCAAUCGAGGCCACGUCGAUGACUAUCAAGCACAUCACGGCCGAGACCAUCGAUGCCAACGUCAUCUCGUUCAACUCGAGCAACAUCGCCAACAUCUUCGGGAGCAACGUGGCCGAUCUCAGCGCUUUCAGCAACCGUCUCGUCGCGGCCGAGAACGACAUUGACGCGCUCGAGUCCUCCCAACAGACCCAGGACGGGACACUGGCUAUUCACGGCACGCGCCUGACGGCCCUCGAGGGCAGCGACGCGUCGCAGGGCACCCGUAUCGCGGCGCUCGAGGCCAACGACGUCGUGCAGGACUCGCGCCUGGACGCCCUGGAGGUCUCGACGGCAGACGACCCGGCCACGCAGCUCGACCUGUUCUGCCGGAACCUGACGGCCUACGGCGAGGUUGCGGAGAUCCCGCCCGACUCCUUCGCCCUCGACGCGGGACGGCAGGCCACCCUGGACGCGCGCGAGGCCCGCGAUGUGUCGCUUCUGGUGUACGAGGAGAGCAGGGACCGUCCCGCUCUGGUUGUUGAGACAGCUGGGGGCGGAGACGUUUUGGUGGUCAAUACCCGGGACAGCCUGCCUCGCAUGCAGGUGGUCGGUGACGUGCACAUCGAAGGCAACCUUUCGGCCACCAACUACGAUUUGCUCGAGAACUACACGUGCAACCUGACGUUCGAAACCAUUCCGUCGGACGGUCUCCGUGACGAUCUGAUCGAGUACAUCGAUCCAAACAGCGUGCCGAUCCACGUCGGGUACGGCCUGGUCUCCGACGCGCCGGACGUGGUGUCGACGAUCGGCCUCGACCCAGCGGUCAACGGCUUGUUCCUGCAGCCAUGGUCGUUCGACCCCGUGGCCGACGCGGCUGGCUUCCGUGCGUAUGUCGAGCCUCGCACGACCGCUGCGUACUCGCGCGACGAUCCCAGGGUUCUGACGCAGGGGUUCGCGGACGAGCACCUCUGGACAAACGACCAUGCAGGCACGAACGAGCACCUGCUGGAAUUCCGCGCGCGGUCGGCGCUGAGUCUGCAGUUCGACUACAGCCAGCCGGUCAUAAGCACGGUCAUGAGACGAACGUACGACCAGGCCACGCGUCGCUGGUCGAUCUGGACGCACACGCGCGUCGACGACGACGUCAUGCAGAUCGUGGUGUCUUCGGGCGAUCUGACGGACUUCAAGCUCCAGGUCGUCGCGCCGCAGGGCACGGCUGUCGCGGUCACUGAUCUGACGAGCGUCGGCACCACGUUGCGGACGACCAUGCUCGACGAGCUGCGGUUCACACGAUUCAAUGAUCAAGACCGUCUUGUCGUCACCCUCGGCACCGACAGCAGCGAGCUCGUCACGGGCCUCGCCCCGCAGGGCGCUCCGCCGAGCGGGGGCGGGACCCUGGAGCAGAUCGCGGACAUCAUCGUGCCGUGGCGGUGGUUUGGAACAGAUCUGCAGACUGGUGCCCUCACAAGCAACGUAUACAACCUGGCCGACGGGGACGCGACCAGCAACGCGCUCGUCACGGUCCGCGCGGCCCUCGACAGCAAGCUUGAGACGGUUUCUUGGACGGAUGUCACGGGUAAACCUAUCGCGUUCGCACCAAGCGCACACACACAUUCCUCGACAGAGAUCACGGGCCUGCAGACCGAGCUGGACGCCAAGCUGGAGACCGUGUCGUGGAGCGAUGUGCUGGGGAAGCCCGCGACCUUCCCGCCGAGCGCACACACGCACGCCGUCGGCGACGUCACUGGCCUGUCGGUCGAGCUGGGCGGUCUCGAUGUGCGGCUGACCGCCGAGGAGGACCGGGACACCUACGACGAGCUCACGGUCGAGACAGAGCUGACCGAGGGGGUCGACCUGGUGAGCCCGUCGGAGUACGCCUACGUCGAUGCGCUGCCGAUCGCCAGCCUGCUGGUCGACGAGGACGCCUUCUCGCACCCGAUGAUCCUGUGCCGGCGCGCCGGUGCGACGCGGUUCGCCGUGCACCCGCUGGGGCGCGUGGUGGCCGAGUUCUCGGGCGAUAUCGUGGCCGACAACGUGAGCUACACCGGGCACUUGCACGCGGUCGGCGACAUCACGGGCCUGCAGGCCGCGCUCGACGCGAAGCUGGAGGUGGUGACGUGGGAGGACGUCGGCGCGAAGCCUCUCGAGUACCCGCCCCUGACCCACACGCAUACCUGGGCCCAGGUCACGGGCGUGCCGUCGCAGUUCCCUCCGGGUGCCCACACGCACGACUGGACGGACAUCACCGGCACGCCAGUCACUUACAAGUCGGACUGGAACGACAUGAUCAACCAGCCGUCGACGUUCCCUCCCAGCGCACACGCACAUUCCUGGACAGACAUCACGGACAAGCCGACGAGCUUCCCGCCCACGACGCACGUCCACGCCUGGACCGAGGUCACGGGCAAGCCGUCGACGUUCCCUCCCAGCAGCCAUACGCACGCCCAGUCGCAGGUCACGGGCCUGGAGGCCGACCUGGCGGACAUCAACGCCCGGAUCAAGAUGUACGAGACCUCGCACUUCGGGUGGAUCGACGGGAACGACCACUAUCCCGAUCUGGAUGCGUUGUACGGACAGUUCGGCCUCGCGACGGGGCGGUGGUACCUGUUCGAGCUGAUGGUCAGCGGCGAGCAGUCCUCCGGGAUCGUCUGGAGCCGGUUCGACGUCGCUCUGCGGUUCGUCCUCAGCAUAUCGCACGGGUACGUGCCCGAGCGGGCGGACGUCGUCCGCGUGUACGACCACAACGGCCAGCAGGAGAUGUUCAAGGAGGCCGAUCCCCGGGAUCCCGGCAACAUCGAGCGCCUGAGGUUCUGGAUCAUCAACCUCGCGUCUGGCCAGAACACCUACAGCUCCGGCCUGUACGUCACGGGCACGUCGAACCUCGAGGUCGGCACCAACACGCUCGUCGCGGACCCUGCCCCGGGUGGAUUCGUCGGGAUUGGAACGAAUGCACCAGCAGUCCUGCUGGAUGUCGCGGGAACGGCCCAGGUCUCGGGCACCCUGACCGCCGGGGACGAGGUGGCGGUCUCGAACACGGAGGGUGCGUCGGGGGUCGCCAAGACCCUGGUGUCGGGCUAUUUCUACGCUGGGACUCCGGAUGGGUGGGGCGAUAUCAGAGCAGUCGACGAAUCCGCGCAACUCGGGGGCGUGUUCCGCGGCGGUCACACCCAGAACGUCGGUGCUUGGGCCGAGAUCGGGACGACGGCAGUGGGCGGAAGUUAUUCAAAGGUCCUGCGGUGCAUCGCGGGACAAGUCGGCAUCGGGACAGACAGCCCCUCGGCCACCCUGGACGUCGCGGGCCAGUGCGUGGCGACCAACCUUUCGAGCACGGCGACAGGAUCGCUCACGGGCACGACCGUGUCGAUUCCGUGCGAGAUCCCCGCGGGCUUCGCGUAUGCCACCGUGCGCGUGCAGCUGCACUUCGCUGGCGACGAGCUGGACGUCAUGCUGAACGCGACAAACACCAACAACUCGACGGGCAUAAACGAGCGCUCGAUGUACAAGACGAACCGAACCACGGCUCAUGAGGUCAUGGACGUCGGCUCCGUCACUGGCCCAGUGAAAAUCGCAGACUUCACGUGCUCUGGGUGCGGCGGCCACUUCAAGGUAGAGUUCAACAAACCGAGUUCGGGACGAGUCAAUAUGCAGAUCGACGGUGCCUACACCAGACAGCGCGGCGCGUACCGCACGUCCGCGUUCCUCAGCCAGCUUGCGUACCUGGACAACCCCGACCUCGCCGACACGCUGGCGCGGUCCCGCGGCAUCUACAUCGACCGCGAGCUCAGCACGGACGAGGUCCUCGUGGCUCGGCAGGCGGGGAACAAGGACGUCAUCGUCGCCCUGCGGGGGACCGAGCUGUCGAGCGCGCGCGACAUCGUCGCGGACCUGCGGGUCGCCACGGGGUCUCGCAACGGGUUCCGGGACACAGCGAGGUUCCGCGAGGCGGACGACAUCGUCCAGCGCGCCCUGGACAAGCACGGGGGGUCCGGCGGCACCCUGUGGGUGACGGGCCACAGCCUGGGGGGUUCCCUGACCCAGAACGUCACGAUCAACGUCGGCGGCGGCGGGGGACACCCCAUGGCAAGGGCAGACACCGCAGGCGGCCUGAUCUCGCGGAACAUGCGGCCGGACAUCCUGAGGCCCGAGACGCUCGUGCACGACGUCCGGGUGCGGGACUCCCUCGCAGCGACGACGCGGGAGCCCGUUCGCGACGACGCCGACAUGGCCGACGACGACGACGACGACGACGACCCCCAGGACACCGGACCCAAGAUCUCGUUCGACCGGGGCACGCAGGCUGGCCCCGCGCGGGGCGUGGAUGCGGGCACGGACGCGCCGGAGACCAAGCCCCGGAUCCGUUUCGACCGGGGCACGCAGGCGGGCGAGGCCGGGCCGUCGCGAGCCAGAUCGACCCAGGCGGGGCCCGGCGCGGUCGGGGUCGACGCGGAGACCCAGGCGGGGCCCUCGAUGACCGACGCGGCCACGGACGCCCAGACCAGGUCCCAGGAGGUCGCGGGCACGCAGACCAUCCCGCUCCUGCGUCUCGAGCGGCAAAGGGGCGACCGCGAGAAGCGGGGGGGCGGCAAGACCUCCUUCCUGCUCGACUUCGCCGACAAGCUGCUGCGGUGGGGGCAGGUCGACCACGUGUACUGGGUGUCGCCGACCUCCGUGUACGACGCCAAGACCAAGCACUUCGCGGAGCGGCACCCGGGCCGGGUCGACAGCAUCGGCCAGCCCUCGCAGGCCCUCAGGACGUUCCUGGCGGACCAGGAGUUCAGGCUGCACCGCCGGGACGUCGAGAGGCGGUACGCGGAGGUGUACGACCACUGGAUGAGGCACGGCGAGAAGCGCCUGGACGAUGAGGGCAUCGAGAUGCUGAUCGCGGAGGACUUCCGGGAGCCCGACCGGAAGCUGGCCGACGUCAAGCCGCACGUCCUCGUGGUGUUCGACGACUGCGUGGGCAACGCCGACGUGUACCCGACCUCGAAGAACCACCCGAUGAUCAAGGCCGUGCUGCGACACCGCCAUCUGGGCAUCAGCUUCCUGUUCGCCGUGCAGCGGUGGGUCAACUCGGUGCCGAAGACGAUCCGCCAGAACGUCAACUGCUACGUGCUGUCCGGCGGGUUCGCCGACAGGGAGAAGCAGAUGAUCGCCGAGGACCUCAGCGACCGCCACAACGACGAGGCGGCCAUCCUGGACAUGUACGAGCGGGCCACGCAGGGGCCCUUCGACAUGCUCGUGCACUUCGCCGAGGACAAGAUCGCGCGCCAGGUGAUCGUCUGCUCCAAGGACAGGGACCCCGGGGGCGCCCUGGGGCAGUUCAUCAUCAGCCCCCCCGUGUCCACCAUCGAGCUGGACGGGGAACACGCCGUCAUCCUCGAGUCCGUGAGUCCGCUGGUCACCGCCGCGGGGGACCUCAACCUGUACUUCACCCUGGAGAUGUCGUGCGUCGACUACAUCCAGGGCUGGGACACCCGGACGGGCACCAACAGCAAGGUCAUCGGGUACAUCGUGGCGGGCGAGGGGCACCCGAUCCCCAGCCGGGCCCACGCGGUGGUCACGGGCACGGCCCUCAACAACCCGAUCACCUUCACGCUGCGGAACCGGAACGGCGCCAUCCCCACGGACACCGACCUGUCGGAAAAGGACUGGAUGGCCAAGAAGCUCGACGUCUACCUGUCGUCCCUCCACAUGCUCGACGUCGGCAACGCCCCGCAGGUGGGCGUCCACGCCUCGUUCGCCACCAGCUACGACGGCGACUCGGGCGUGCGCGACCUCCUGGCCAGCGUCCCGACCCUGGGGUGCCCCCGCCUGGUGUACCAGGACCCCUGCGGCGCGUCCAUGCGCCAGACCGUCCGGCACAGCGACCUGGACUUCUUCGACGUCUGGUUCGAGGACCUGGGCUCGGGCGAGGCCGUCACCACCGACUGGUUCCUGACGCUCAGCGUCCAGCCCACCGACCACACCCAGCAGUACCUCCAGUUCAUCGGCCUGUCGAUGGCGUUCAACGUGAACGUCCCCCAGGCGUCGAAGAUCACGGGGUCCACCGCGCAGCUCUUCUCGCGCGUCGACGUCAUGGUCAACGGUCAGCCGCUGUCGAGCAUCCACGACCACGCCGCGGCCGCGCAGAUGGAGAUGCUGAUGCGCCACGACAAGUCCAGCGCCAACCGCCCCUUCGCCAACCAGGAGGACCACACCCUCGCGGGGGGCGUCGACACCGCCCUCGCGUUCACGGACUGGCUCUGCUUCGACGGCAUGGGGCUGCUGUGCAUGGACCUCAUCGGCGAGAUCACCAUCGAGCUCCGCGUGCGCGCCGACGCGGGCAACACGGCCGUCGUGCCCGACGGCGCGACCGCCAACGCGUCGAUCUCGAUCAAGAACAUCAAGCUGCACGUCCCGACCGUGUCGGUGGGCCGCGAUGUGACCGACGCUCUCAUCCAGCGCGCCAGCAGCGAGGGCGUCUCCCUGGCGUACACGCGCCACACCAGCUUCGAGUUCCCCUCCGGCGCGACCGAGCUGCAGUUCUCCCUGAACAGCGCGUCCGCGGACGCCAUCCUGAUGGGGCGCCGCCCCGUCGACUACGCGGCGGCCAAGGACACCGGGGCGGGUCGCAUCAAGGAGCUGUACGCGGGCGCUCUGACCACCUUCAAGUCCACGAACGCGAACGACCAGACCUCGCUCGACAUCGCGGGCACCACCGUGCACCAGUACCGCGCCGGGCCCGAGGCGAUCGCCCAGGCCAAGUGCCUGCAUCCACGCGCGCUGUCCAUCCCGACCAGCGCCAACUACUCCAGCGCGAGCGUUUUCGCGUUCCCCCUGUCGCUGCCCAUGCUCGAGUCGUUGUCGGGCCUCGACAGCAAGGACAACAACCUGCCCUGCGUCCUGCGGACGGCGAACGCCAGCGACGAGCGCCCGGUCGUGGUCGUGAGGUCGUCGGCCGCCAUCGUGUGCUCGGGCGGGCGCGUGACCAGCCUGCGGUACUGA